AUGGACUAUCCUGGCAAAUCUGGAGUAUACAAAGUGGAGCGGGAAGUGCUGGAUGAGCAGAGACUGGAAGAGUUAACGCAGAGAAAAGCAUAUGCUGACAACCAAACUUCUCUGACGGAACAGCUAAAAGGCUUAUUAAGAUGUACAUUACCCAGACUGAAACACACUGUGCUGAGCAGCUUGCCUGUGUUGUAUUGGCUGCCCAAGUACUCGGUCUGGGACUACGGCAUGCCAGACCUCAUCUCUGGCAUCAGCGUGGGCAUAAUGCAUCUGCCGCAGGGUAUGGCAUAUGCAUUGUUAGCUUCCUUACCUCCUGUUUUUGGCCUCUACACAUCACUCUAUCCAGCUUUUAUCUACAUCUUUUUUGGGACAUCACGUCAUAUCUCCAUUGGUACAUUUACUGUGCUUAGCAUCAUGGUGGGUAGUGUGACAGAGAGACUUGCCCCAGACAUGGAUUUCCUCAAGCAAAAUGGGACCAACGUUACUGCAGAGAUGGACAUAACUGCUCGGGACUCGUACAGGGUGCAGGUGGCAGCUGCUACCACGGUCCUAGCAGGAUUCAUUCAGGUGGUGCUGGGUUUGGUGAAGUUUGGAUUCGUAGGAACGUACCUGUCUGAACCUUUGGUACGGGCUUACACAACAGCUGCUGCAGCUCAUGCUGUUGUUGCACAACUGAAGUACAUCUUUGGGAUUUCACCAACAAGAGUUAGUGGGCCCUUGUCACUGGUCUAUACUCUGAAGGAUGUUUGCUCCUUGCUGCCACACACUCAUCUUCCCACACUGGUGGUCAGUGCUGUGUCCAUGGUGUUUCUAAUAGCAGCAAAGGAGCUCAACUCUUUCCUCAGUCGAAAGCUGCCAGUGCCUGUUCCAGUGGAGCUCAUCACAAUUGUGGCAGGAACAUUAAUAUCAUCCUAUGCCAACUUGAACGGCAACUACACUGUUUCAGUUGUUGGAGAAAUUCCUAGUGGUCUACUUCCUCCGAGUGUCCCAGAUGUGAGUCUUUUUGGAGAAGUUGUCAGUGAUGCUUUUGCAUUGGCCAUUGUUGGAUAUGCCAUAUCUAUUUCCCUUGGGAAAACAUUUGCAUUGAAGCAUGGAUACAAGGUGGACAGUAACCAGGAGCUGGUGGCACUGGGUCUCAGUAACACAGUAGGUGGCUUCUUCCAGUGUUACGCCGUCUGCCCCUCUAUGUCUCGAAGUCUCAUCCAAGAGACCACUGGAGGAAAAACACAGAUGGCUAGCGUGGCAUCAACUCUAGUUGUGUUGGUGACGAUACUGAAACUCGGCCCCCUUUUCCAGGAACUGCCAAAGGCUAUCCUUGCAGCGAUUGUCUUUGUAAAUCUGAAGGGCAUGUUCAAGCAGUACUCUGAUAUCGCUACGCUGUGGAAAAGCAGCAAGAUCGAUCUGGUGGUGUGGUUGGUCACUUGGGUGUCAACAAUGUUGUUCAAUCUGGAUCUUGGCCUGGCUGCAUCCAUCAUCUUUGCUCUGCUUACUGUUAUCUUCAGAACUCAGAUGCCGACAUAUUCUGUUCUGGGAAAUGUUCCAGGCACAGAGCUGUACGUGGAUAUAGAGACACACACAGAGGCAAAAGAAGUUCCUGGUGUAACUAUAUUUCGCUCAUCUGCAACGGUUUAUUUCGCCAAUGCUGAGCUUUACCUGGAGGCUCUGAAAAGAAAGAGCGGGCUUGACAUCAGUAAAAUGAUGAUUUACAAGAGGAGGCAGGAGGCCAAACAGAAACGUAGAGAAAGAAGGGCUGAGAGACAGGCCAAAAGGAGAGCCAAGAGAGAGCAAAUACAAGCACAAAAGGCAGCUAGGCAUCUCUCUGCAGCACCAGUGAUCUCUGUGGAGGAGGAGGCUGGACGCUGGGGUGACACAUGCGUGGACGAGGGGCAGGACUGGACCGAGAGAGAGAACAAUACAGUUUUUGUCAUCCCAGCCUGUCCUCAAACACCAGACGGUCAGUGUAGAUGGGAGUACCUGAAGGGAGGAGAUCCAGACUCCACCAGUUUAGGGUGGAUGUCUGAGCUCCAGGACGGGGACACAACCACCCUGGGCUCGAGCAGUGAUGACACGCUGAGCCGGGACCUGGAGCGGGUGUCCCUCGGGUCACUGGGGAAGUGGACCUGGGACAUUCACUCCAUCAUCAUUGACCUCUCCACGGCUAACUUCAUCGACACAGUGGCUAUAAAGACUAUAAAAAAUAUUUUCCUGGACUUCAGUGAGAUUGAUGUGGAUAUCUACCUGGCUGGUUGUCAAGCCUCGGUGGUGGAACAGUUAGAGCGAGGCUUCUUCUUCUCUGAGACGAUAACAAAGAGACGCCUUUUUGCCUCCGUCCACGAUGCUGUGCUGUACUGUCUCAACCAUCGUGGAGCGACAUCAUUCCCCAGAUACGAGCUGUCAGUGGACACAUAUGUGGGCACAAAACUUUAA